UCCGAGAUCAUGCCAAAUGAGGUAUCUUCAUCAAGCGAUGAUUCAAGUGACACGGAGGAGGUUCCGCAAAAACGGAGAAAGCAGGCUUCAACGUAUCAGUGUCCAGCUGAUUUUGUGGCAUUUACCCACAAACCCUGUGCCAGUACCCUCAUCGAAAGGCUUCGUGAUGACAACACAGAAUUAUGGCUAAUCAAAGCUCCCAGCGGUUUCAACCCGGACAGUUUCAGCAGUCUGAAGAUGCCUCUGUCUGGGCUGCAGACCAUGCAGGCCCCUGCCCAGCAGGCGCGGGGCAGUGGUGGGAAUUCCGGGCAGAUCUAUAGCGUGCUGGGUGGGCCCUCUGGUGCCGCGGACCUCCACCUCCUCACCAGCCACCGCCAGAGGCUCGACUCGGUGGUCUGUGCCCCGACCUUCAGCGGCCUCCUCAACAUCUGUGAGAGCUACGGCGACUGCAGCACCAACCAGACCACCAUAGCCAUCCCAGCCACCCCGGCCCCCACAGUGCCCCCGGGGCUCCGCCUGCGCUUCCAGCCUUUCGGAAGCAGGACCCCCACCCUCUCCAGAGUGAUGGAGGAUACACUGGAUACUCCGCUGCCGUCUUCACGAGAGACGCCUCUCAGGGUCACACUGGACCCGGGGGAGGAGAGGAAGAGCAAGAAGAAAAAGAAGAGGAAAGACAAACUUAUAAAGACUGAGGAGGAGGAGGAGGAGGUGGUCAGGGUGAAGCAGGAGCUGCUACACAUGAGCCCAGAGGAGUCCUAUGAACUUCCUGGGCAGGAAGCUGAACUCUCAGAGGAGAAGAGGAGGAAGAAGAAGAAGAAAAAGAAGGAUAAGGAUAGAGGAGAGGCAGAGGGUACUGUAGAUUCGUCUUUUAAUGUAAUUAAACAAGAGGUGGAAGUAAAAGUUGAACCAAUGGACAGUUCCUAUGGUGACGUUGAAGAUUCUGGAAAAAAGAAAAAGAUAAAGAAAAACUAGCAUGACGAUGACAAGUCUGUUGUUUUUACCGUCAUCUGGUUUUGUGAAGUUAUGCUAUGAUAUAAUUGUAUUAUUCAAUUAGGCACUUCAACAAAUAAUUAUUAUGCUACUGUACUGUCAUUUUGUUUUUUGGGGGGAAAUGUUAUUGUCUAAUAAAACCUAGACAGUAACACAUAACAGUCUUCAGACUUGUGCCCCUUUAUUCACACUGAACAAAAAUAUAAAUGCAACAUGUAAAGCGUUUGUACCAUGUUUCAUGAGCUGAAAUAAAAGAUCCCUGACAUUUUC